UUGAAGGCUUGCUUUGACAGGAUUUUCCUUGUGAUGGACAGCGCGGCUUAGCCUUUCCGAGGCAGGACCUGGCCGGUAGGGUAGGCGGGACCUGACGGGUCAGCCGAACCAAUCAGAAGGCGGAGUUGGCUUCCCUGGCUUCUCCCGAGAGCCGCCGUUCCUGUGCGAUGCUGGCCGUUCCGAGAGCGCGAGAUGACUGCUAGAAGCAUGAGAAAACGGAUGUGGCUUCUGUUCUAAAGACAACAUAGUUCUAUAGUUCUCCCUUGCCCUGAUGUGCUAGGGAAGCUGAUCUGUGCUGCAUACCAGAAGUCUGUAACUGGGGAACAGUGGAAGGCCAAUAUCUUAUAGAUUGUGCCACUGAAGACAUGGCUCUGAGCAUUGAAACAGAAUCGCGAAUAUACCGCUCCCUCCGGGCUAUCUUUGGUGCCACUGCCCACCUCGUUGCACUUGGAUUUACUAUCUUUGUUGCCGUGCUUGCCCGACCUGGAUCAAGCCUUUUCUCAUGGCAUCCUCUCUUAAUGUCUCUUGCGUUUUCCUUCCUGAUGACUGAAGCCUUGCUGGUUUAUUCUCCAGAGAGUUCCCUUCUCCGGUCCUUUUCCCGUAAGGCCAAGGUCCGCUUCCACUGGGCUUUACAGCUGCUCUCUUUCAUCUGUGCAGUGUUGGGCUUGGCCAUCAUCAGCUAUAAUAAGUACAUCAACGGUAAAGACCACUUUGUCACCUGGCAUGGCCAGACAGGCUUGCUGACUGUGCUAUAUGCAGGCAUGCAGUGCAUGGGGGGGCUGGCACUGCUCUAUCCCAAGUUGAUUAAGAACUGGACACUGAGCAAACUCAAGCUUUACCAUGCCACCUCAGGGCUGAUUGGGUACCUCCUUGGUUGUGCCAGUUUGCUGCUGGGCAUGUGUUCCUUGUGGUUCACUGCAGCUGUGACUGGAAUCUCCUGGUAUCUGUCCAUCUUAUGUCCUAUCCUCACCAGCCUGGUAAUCAUGAACCAAGUGAGCAAUGCUUACCUCUACCGCAAAAGAAUCCAGCCUUGAAAGAAUAUGCCUACUGGGUUCCUUGAAGAGUUCCUGCAUCAUCUUUAAGGAGUUCCAUAGCCUUGUAUGGCACAAGCACUGAAGAAUCCUUUUUUAUCUGCCUAGACUUUUAGAUGGCAAUUUUUAAAAAAACCUAGACCUCUGAUUUCCUUCUGUUGUUUAAAUCCUGGAGAUGCUUAUAGUAUUGUACCAUUUUAUUUACAGAGCCAGGGUCCAUGCAGCUUUUGGCAUAAAUCUGGAAAUGCAUCACUGUAGUGCUGCAUAAUAGUCCAGCAGCUAUCUGUUGCUGCCUUCUCAUGAGACAACGAUAUAUAUUACUCAGCUGACUAUUGGAACUGAAAGGUUUCCCCUCUUAAACAUACGCACCUGGCUCAAUGCCUUUAGCUCCUUUUCUCUUGUUAAGAGUGGGGAGCAGAAGUGAUGCAGAUCAGGGGAAAGAUGUAUAUUUGUUAACAUUCCUUCUGGACAGGGAAAGAGAGGCUUCUCUUCAAUAUCACAGCAUUUCAAAUAACAGUAUUUCCCUCUUUAAAAAAAAGCAAAGUGAAAUGCGCAGCUUCCUCUGUUAGGAGGGGCUGUUUAAUGUCUGCUACCUGGUGGCCAAGAAGACAUUUUAUUAAAAAUCAGAGCUUGGCAAAAAUUGCUUUUGGACUACAACUGAUAUGACCAUGCUUUUUAGAUGACUGGGGGACCUGUCACCUUAACAUAAGUUUCUCCACACACUUUUUAAAAACUGAACAAUAGCAGUGCUUGGGAAUGGGUUAGGACCUUCCAUAAGUAGAAUAAUAGUGCUUUCUUGCUAUUGAAGAGCAAUUAUUUCUCCAUUUCACUAUUUUGCUCUGGUCCUCUCUAGUUGUGCUCUGGUCUUCUGUAGUUGAUUUUGCUGCCUUGACAGCAGGCAUCUUAUACAGUCUUAGCUGAAAGUAAACAUGUUUUGUUUGUUUUGGGGAAACAGUGCAAUCAGUAUGAAUUGGGUAGAAAUGAUGCAUAGUGAGCAUUUACAGCACAGUUCCAUUGCUACAAGCACAAUACUGUGUGAUAUUUAAAUUUCCCAUUUGAUCUCUGUCAUCAGUGGUUUGUUGCAGUUGGAAGUGACUCACUGCCCAAUUGCACCUUGGGCAGCUAUCAUCUCACAUAUCCGUUUGCUCCAUUAAGAGUAAAAGGGCUGGCCUGGCCUGUUACCUGAGCACAUUCAUGGUCAACAGCGACCAGGGAGCAUCACAUAUCAAUGCUCUCUGAUGGGAAGGAGAGGUGGAAAUGAGAUUCACUCAGCUCUUUUGUUUUCUUGGAUUCCAAUGUGCUUGAAUCCUGACAUUAGAUCCUUAAUUGGAAGUGAGUUGUAGGCUUAUUUUACAGAUAGGUAACUAAAAGGAAGACCUGAUUUCUAAAGGUUGCUCAUUGAACCUAAUACAAAAAUUUACGAUGCUUGCUGCUCUGUCUGCAGUGGCAUUUUGACCAAAGUUCCCAAGUCUUUGAUUGUUCAUAAGAAAUGAACAAGUCAGUUCCAGAAAAAGAGUUCCUUCAGGAAAGAACAUUCUUUUAGAACUUACCAUUCCAACCAGACUGUGACAAGUAUGCAUGUGCUGGCGAGCAGCACUUGUAUUGCUGUUUUCAUUUAAUUCCCCUAUAGAAGUGCUGCCUGCCCAGAAGCACUGACGUUCUUGAAGGGGCCUUUGGAAAAGUACAAGCAAAUGUCUGUGGCUUUAGGCCAUGUAAGCUGUUGGCUAAGCAUCCCUCUCUUGGAUGGUGCUGUCAGAGGCAAGGAUAAAUCACAGCAGCUUUCCCUUUUAUGUCACUAGAACUCAGGACAGCCCCCCCCUUUUUUUCUGGAAACUGCUCAAGGAAAGCUUCCCCCAUCCUUUCAUUCAUUAGUGUGAUGGGACAGCAUGCAUCUGCCUUUGCCAAGAAGGAAUGGCCCGGGAAAAGCUAUGGCGAGGGGGCGCUGGGGGAAGGAAAGGCCAAAGGUGUGAGCAAGAAUGGAGAUAUGGCUCUAAUCUAACCAAAGUUAAUUACGAUUUAAGUUAGUGAAGCAAAGUAUCUCAAGGCCUAUUUUCAAAGAAAUCAACUUUAGUCUGACUGGAGCCAGACUACAAUCCGGUACCUCUGAAUGAAACCUAGUACCCAGGAAUAACAAGAACAUCAGAAGAGUGUGCCUGUGAACAGGAUCUCAGUAGAGCUCCUUCGACAGAGCAGCACAGUGGUACUGGAGUGACUGUUUUAAAGCAGCAUUUAAAUGUCUGUAGUUUGUAGUGGUACGCACCUUAGGUAUCCUAUUGUAGCGUCAUUUGUUUUAGUAUACAUUUUGCCACGUAGUAUUAUGGGAAGAUCCCGCCAGUAUUAAUAAAAGGUGUGAGUGGGGGUACUUGACUAUCUUUACAGUGGAGCAUUGUUUCUCUACUUUACUUUUCUCUACUCAGCGAUACCAGGUGCUUUACUGACACCUGAGAUUGGAUUAUGUCAACAGAGAUGCUUCUUUCAUCUUCUUUACAUGUAUUAAUCUGGCUGAAAUAACAAAUUUUUGCUUCAGUGGGAGGUGUUCUGGCCUUGUCACACAAGUACUGAGGUCACAGAAAUUUCAUGUACUUCAGGAAAUGUGAAGCUGCCCCCACAAAAACUGCUGUUCAUACUGAAUGGUGUGGUGGGUCUCUCUGCAGGGCAGGUGAACUCAUCACUAAUCCUGAGUAAGGAAAGAGAAUCUGUAUUCAAGAGCAGUGUAAUAAAUAAUGCUUUAAAACAACUAUAA